AUGGAAAAGAUUCACCUGCUUCUACUCCUGUCAGGUCUGUUUGCUCUGUCCAGUGCAAUCCGGUAUCUAAAGUUGUUCCAAAUAAAUAAGACCUGGAUUCAGGCAAGAGCCUACUGCAGAGAGAAUUGCAUUGACCUGGCCACUGUAGAAGACAUGGAAAAGAUGCAAACUCUACUUAACGAAUACAAGUUUUCAUUUGUGUGGAUUGGGCUUAGGUCAGGCAAGAGUCUGAACUGGCACUGGUCUUUAGCGCAGAAAGAUUCCUUUAAGGGGGAAAUGGACGACCUGAUUCAGAGGGAUGAAACCGGUGGAGACUGUGAAAAAGGUCCUCAACAGUACAUCCUUACCCCCCAAAAAAUGAAUUGGAGGGUUGCUCAAGAGCACUGCAGGCGUCAACACACAGACUUGGCCAGUGUGAGGAACAAGGAAGAGAAUCAUGCACUUCAGGAAGUAGUUGGUGACCAGAAGGUGUGGACUGGCCUCUUCAGAGACCCUUGGGAGUGGUCUGAUGGGAGUGACUCCUCGUUUCGAUAUUGGAAAACUGACAUGCAGAUAUACAAUGACCCAUCUAACAAAUGCACUGCUUUGAAUGAUGAUAGAUUUUACAUACGUGCAUGUGGUUUCAAGCUCAAAUUCCUCUGCACCUGUGAGAAAGGUACGACAUCUUAAUUCUCUCUACAAUCCAUUAUUCAUUAUCCAUGCCCCUUAUCCUUUUCAGGUUUGCAGCGGUGGCUAGAGCAGAGGUUCAGGGUGUAACUCUGAUUCUCUUGGGUGAGAAGCAG